AUGCAAGCCAUCAAUACAACGACGACGUCUGCGAAAACAGGAACCACAUUCCAGACAACGCUCAAGACCUUCUUGGACAGUGAAGGAGCGUCCACGAUGGGGAUCCCCAAAUUCACGUGUCUAGGGUGGCAUCAAACGGGCGGAUGUAGUCCCGAUGGGCCACGGGAAACACAAAAUGAUGCCAGCUGCAGUACGAAUAUCAAGGCUGGAGCUUCCGGCUAUUGUCUACUCAAGAAUGAGGCAGGUGAGGAAGUUCAAGCCAUGCGUGUCAACUGCUCGUCAUUACGAGACGAAGUCAGAUUCAAUUGCCACCAAGCAGUGGAUUUCGUUCGUGUCGCGCCACAGAUCGACGCGCUGAUUGCUGCUAAGCGACAGGUGAUUAAGCAGAAUGAGGCCGUGCAGCUCCACCCUACGAACGGCGUGUUAAUGGUCAUGUAUCCGAAGCUUCUUGCGAGCGUCUACUCGACUGUGCGAUUACUGCGCUUCUACAACUGCUCGUUGCCUAUAGAGUUGUGGUACCUUGAGAGCGAAAUGGGCACUAAUCCGCUAAACGAGUCGCGUGUUCUGCAAUCGCUUGUGAAUGAGUAUGGACCGAUUUCACUGCAUGGUAUUGCAGAAACACGUGUGGACGGAUUUAACACCAAGGUGUUUGCAUUGGCACAUUCAGAGCUGGACCAGGUAUUGUUCCUUGACGCCGAUAAUUCGCCAGUUAGGGACCCGACGUAUCUCUUUACGACACCGACAUUUGUGGAGAAUGGUGCAAUUUUCUGGCCGGAUUUCUGGCACCCGAUGAACACAAUCUUCAACAUUAACAAAGAAUCGUUAUUGUGGGAGCUGGUGGGCACACCAUAUACGUGGACAUGUUCGAGCAAGAAAGCGGUCAGCUAUUGA